CGCACGUCACUCGGCCAAGGGGAAGAAGCAGAGUAGAACUCUGCUUCUUCUAGAGGAAAUUGUCCGAGUGUCUGUGUGUGCGAUUUGCAAAAACCAAAGAAAAGGCAGAUUUUUACUUGUUCAAAAAGCAGGGACCUGCAAAAAGCGAAGCACCAUGAAGCAUUUCUGUGGACUGAGGAACUCGUCUUUCUGGGAUUCUAACCUGACUUUGCACGCAGACAGUCCCGACCUCCCAGAUUGCUUUCAGAAGUCCGUGCUGUCAUGGGUCCCCUGCAUCUACCUGUGGCUAGCCUUGCCUGCCUACGUGCUCUAUCUGAAGCGAAACAACAAAGGAUACAUCAUGAUGUCUGUGCUGAACAGAGCCAGAACUGUUUUCGGCGUGCUGCUGUGGAUCACCUGCUGGAUAGACCUUUUCUACACCUUUCAUGAGCUCCACCAGGGCCACGUCCAGCCUCCAGUUUACUUUGUUUCUCCUCUGCUCGUGGGCAUUACAAUGCUCCUUGCCACGUUCCUCAUCCAGUACGAGAGACUGAAGGGGAUGCAGUCCUCAGGGGUUCUCUUCAUCUUCUGGUUCAUAUCUCUGCUGUGCGCCAUCGUGCCUUUCCGCUCCAAGAUCUUACAGGCCACAUCCCAGGGCAGAAUUACUGACCAGCUGAGGUUUACCACCUUCUAUGUGUAUUUUGGACUGCUUGUGGUGCAGCUGAUCCUGUCCUGCUUCAACGAGAAGCCCCCCCUGUUCUCCAGCGUGGUCACUGACCCAAACCCUUGUCCAGAAGCUUCUGCUGGUUUCCUGUCGACCUUAACGUUCUGGUGGUUCACAAGUAUGGCUGUCAAAGGUUACAAAAAACCCCUGGAAAACAAGGAUCUGUGGACCCUGAAUAAACAGGAUAGCUCAGAAGUCAUCGUUCCAAAAUUUCUCAAGGAGUGGGAAGUAGAAAAGACAAAAGUUCAAAGGAAGAACCAAGUGCUUUACUCCAAAUCCCCCAAUGUCCCUAAUAAUCACAUGGAUGGGGGCCCCGAGGAGGCAGAGGUGCUGCUCUCGGGGAAGAAGGAGGCUAUACAACCUUCCUUCCUCAAAGCGUUGCUGAAGGCCUUUGGGCCCUACUUCCUCAUCGGCUCUGCCUUCAAACUGCUCCAGGACCUGAUCAACUUCGUCAACCCACAGCUCCUGAACCUGCUGAUCUAUUUCACCAACCAGAAGACAGUGCCCUCCUGGUGGGGCUUUGCUCUGGCCUUCCUGAUGUUCUUCUGCGCCAUGCUGCAGACCAUCAUCCUGCACCAGCACUUCCAGUACUGCUUCGUCACCGGCAUGAGGCUGCGCACCGCCAUCAUCGGAGCCAUUUACAGGAAGGCGCUGGUGAUUACGAAUGCAGCAAAGCGCUCAUCUACUGUUGGGGAGAUUGUGAACCUGAUGUCUGUAGAUGCCCAGCACUUCAUGGAUCUCACCACCUUCCUGAACCUGCUGUGGUCAGCCCCACUGCAGAUCAUUCUGGCCCUGUACUUCCUCUGGCAGAAACUUGGUCCCUCUGUCCUUGCUGGUGUGGCGGUGAUGGUGUUACUCAUUCCUUUUAAUGCAGUCAUUGCCAUGAAGACACGAGCAUUCCAGAUGGAACAAAUGCAGUACAAAGACGCACGCAUCAAACUGAUGAAUGAGAUUCUCAAUGGCAUUAAGGUGCUGAAACUCUAUGCCUGGGAGAAUUCGUUCAAACAGAAGAUCAUGGACAUUCGACAGAAUGAACUGAAAGUCCUGAGGAAAACGGCUUAUCUUGGGGCUCUUUCAACUUUUCUUUGGACAAGUGCCCCUUUCCUGGUUGCCCUGACAACGUUUGCCGUUUACGUGACAGUGGAUAAAGAUAACGUGUUAGAUGCUCAGAAGGCCUUCGUGUCCCUGUCACUGUUCAACAUCCUGAGGUUUCCUCUCAACAUGCUUCCACAAGUCAUUAGCAGUGUUGUGCAGGCUAGCGUCUCCUUGAAACGCAUUCAGGACUUCCUGAGUCAUGAUGAACUGGACCCAGACAAUGUUGACAGAAAGAACAUAACCGCAGGCUUUGCUGUCACUGUUGUAAAUGGGAAAUUCACUUGGUCUAAGCAAGGACCUGCAACUCUUCACAAUAUCAACCUGAUGGUGCCUCAGGGCUCCCUCCUGGCAGUGGUUGGCCACGUGGGCUGUGGGAAGACCUCUCUGAUAUCCGCUUUGCUAGGGGAGAUGGAGAAGCUGGAGGGGGAGAUAUCAGUCAGGGGUUCGGUGGCCUAUGUCCCCCAGCAGGCCUGGAUUCAGAACGCCACCCUGAGAAACAACAUCCUCUUUGGGCUUCCCUACAACGAGCAGAAGUACCGCAGUGUGCUGGAGGCCUGCGCACUGGUCACUGACCUGGAAGUCCUGCCGGGAGGGGAUAUGACAGAAAUUGGAGAGAAGGGCAUCAACCUGUCCGGAGGCCAGAGGCAGCGUGUCAGCCUGGCCAGAGCUCUGUACAGCGAGGCUGACCUCUACCUUCUGGACGACCCCCUGUCUGCAGUCGACGCCCACGUUGCCAAGCACAUCUUUGACAAGGUUAUUGGGCCAGAGGGGGCACUCCAGGGCAAGACCAGAAUCCUUGUGACCCAUGGCAUCAGUUUCCUGCCUCAGGUGGACAACAUCGUGGUGAUAGUGGAAGGCAAAGUGUCGGAGAUGGGCUCCCACCAGGAACUCCUCAAGCAGAAUAGAGCCUUUGCCGAAUUCCUCAGGAAUUAUACGAUGGAAGAUUUCAUUGAGGAAGAAGAAGCUACAAUGUCAGUGCUUGAAGACGAAGAAACCUUCCCAGAUGAUGCUCUGAGUAACCACAUUGACAUGGUAGACAAUGAGCCUGUUGUUAAUGAAGCGCGCAGACAGUUUAUUAGGCAGAUCAGUGUCGUGUCUGCAGACAUGGAUAACCCAAAGAAAAUGUCCACACGGCGGAGAUGCAGUGAAAAGAGGAGGGUGGAACCUCCCAUGGAAAAGAAGAAACCGGAGACCGAGAAACUCAUUCAGGCAGAGACAGCCGAGACUGGCAGAGUGAAGCUGAAAGUGUUUCUGGAAUAUAUCAAGGCCGUCGGGCCUUUCUUCUCCGUCUUUAUCUGCUUCCUGUACGCCUGCCAGAACGCGGCAGCUAUAGGCGCCAACGUGUGGCUGAGCGCCUGGACGAACGAUGUGCCCAAGAACGGGACGCAGGUGGACACUCAAAUGCGAGUGGGCGUGUAUGCCGCACUGGGGAUGACGCAAGGUGCACUUGUGCUGGGGCUCUGUUUUCUGUGCCGAGCCUACAGCAUGCUGAGGGCCUCCCGGAUGAUUCACCAGAACAUGCUCCAGACCAUCCUUCGCUCUCCUCAGGGUUUUUUUGAAGCCACUCCCUCAGGGAGAAUUUUGAACCGCUUCAGCAAAGAUGUGGAUAUUAUUGACAAUUACAUCCCUGACAAUAUUGAUAUUUGGAUGCGCACUUUCUGGUACACAGUAAACGUGCUGCUCAUAUGCUCUGCCCUCACCCCUGUCUUCCUCAUAGUGAUAGUGCCAUUAAUGAUGUUCUAUUGGUGGGUCCAGGUAAAUAGGACAAAGCUGGCUAACUAUUUAAUACAGCAUGUCACGUGUUUGUUGUGUUAUCGUCAUGGUUUGACUGACUGUCCUAGUGUUGUAGGUGCCAUAUGGUUUGGUCGCUCUAGCUAGGCGGUUGAGUCUCAGUCUUGAAUGGGGCUUGGUUAAUUGAUUUCACUGCUGUUCUUUCAAACCCUGCCCAUCUCCAUAACAGUUGAAAUUGGGCUUCACUUUCUUAAAGUUUUUCUGGGAAAGAUUGCAUAUGAAAUUAUAAACUAAAACUAAUUUAAAUUAGAUGACUAAUCAGAGUUUGUUUAAAAAUCUUCAUUGUAAAAAAAAAAGCUUUUUGGCUGCUUCAUAGUGAUAUAACAAAACAGCUUAAAGCCUGUGUUAUUUGAAAAAAGGAAGAAGAAACAACUUUUUAUUGGCAGUAUGGAUUUCACAUUUUGUCUGGUGAAUUAUUCAAAGGGAGUAGAGUGGGAAUUGAAGAUCAGCAGUUUUCUGUAGUAGUCUUCUUUUGUAGUGCUAGUAUGUGGACAUGGGCCCUGGGUGGAGUGUGGAAUAGAUCAUUAUAUUGUGGUUGAUUACUUAAUUUUGUAUGGCAUUCCUUUAUAAAAACUUACACUGGUAUACCAUGGUACAAGUAUAGUUAAAUUCAGGAAGGAACAGAGACAUCAUAGUACAUGAUAAAACAGAAGGGGGUGUGAUAGAUUAUAAAAAACAUGGAUCAUCACCGUGAUCAAGCAUGGUAUACAGUAAGUACACUUAAACCAUGUGGAAACUGCAGAAAUGCUGUGCAGGACUAUAGACAGGUAAACUUUUAUAAGGGCUGUUCUGCCAGUUUGCCAGUUUAAAAAACUAUUAACUGCAACUCCUGAAAUGCCAAUCUAGCCCUUUAUCAUUCAUUCUUUCCAGUAACAGCUCAUCAAAUUGAAUCCAUUUACUAAUAUUCUCUUUUUUUCCCACUGCAAUUUUGGACUGGACAUAUAUUAACCUGUUGCUAUUGAUAUGUUUACUUGGCUACUUUACCCAGAAACUGUUAACUACAGUACCUUCCAGGAUGUGGUUUAAAGUAUGUGAAGUGUCACUGCUAAGCUGUAUGCCUGAUAUACAGUGACCUAGCCCUUCGUGAACACUGUCAGUGACUGAUUUUUAAAAAACGUCUGCAUUAGUAAUUUAACAAAACUUUUUGUUUUGGUUUGGUUUGCUCGUGUGUGACUCUUGUGAAAUAACAAUCUCACGUCCGCAAGGCCCGAUUAUUAUUAAAAGCCAUUUUACGAACACUCCUGAGCAGUUUUAUAUGGGAUUCAGGAGAAAAUGAGCUUGAUGGUUCAAGAUGGUAUUUUUGACUCCAAUCUUUCAUAGGCUUGAGAACGAAAGGUUUAAAACUUCAAAACGUCUGCAAUCAGUAGAGAACUACAGAGCAAGAUCUGAUGGAGGCUUUAUUUACACAGACUAUUUGUAUGAUUUUUCCCUAAGAUGAUUCAGGCUUUCUUCUUUCGUGUGGCAGAAGCUUGAUUUGAAUUUGUUUCUUGCUUUCACUUUAAAUUCCAUUCAGAUUAUAUAUUUGUCUAGUACCUGGUAUGGCAGAACCUUUAUUAUAUCUGGAGAGGCAUUGUUUUAUAAAAUAGUAUUUUAGACUUCAGUACAACUCUUGUAGAAACAUGCGUUUUCCUUUUAGGCAGCAGAACCUCUAAUCUUGAUGGGAACAGUCUUGGUUAAGUAGAUUUGCUGGUCUAUUUUGAUGGCCGAUAUAACUUUAUACAGUCACUCCUUUGCACUUUGAAGUACAGUAUUUAGAGAGAUUACAGAAUCAGAAAGUGCUGCUGAUAAAUUGAGCAGAAAGUUGGAUAAAUGGAUUUGAUUGUUCUGACCUUAUGAAAGAAGGGGGAGAGGAUUAAAACCUGGAACUAGCAAUUCCCGAGAAAAAUGGAGGUCACGUGGUAAAUGGUAAUAUGAAUGACUAAGGUCUGGGCCUGUUGCACUGUAUGUUUUUCUAAGGGUUUCAUUUAAUAAAUCCAGCCUACAGAAUGGAAAGCGACCCCUUAAUAGGAGCCUUUAACAUCUUUAUGGAGUUCUUUAGAUGUGCUUACAGUAUGUUACAGUUUUUAUAAGACUGAACAAAACAGUCUUGUAGAGUCUCAUAAAUAUUAGUUGCUACAUAAAGUUAUUGAUGUUAAGGAUCAUUUCGCUUUAAAAUCAAGCUGGUACUGCCAUUAAAAAAUCAAUUCGCACCAUGUUCAAGGUCAGACAGUCUUAUUUUGGUUAUAUGAUCUUUCUUUUCUAUUUUGUUGUUGAGGCCGACGGUACAUUUUUGGUAUGUCAAAAGUCAGAUAAUGAUCCAAACAAAAAGUUGCUAUUUUGGUCAAACUAGAAGCAGGAAAUGUCUUGAAGGCUGUUGUUGAGCCUUGACAGGCACUAAGUCUGUGUAUGACUCAGAAGUAUGCUUUCUGAAGCCAAGGUAUCAUUGACCUCCUUGGCCAGUGACAAAUGAAAAGUGUAACACAACUUUCUCUCAGACACAUUAGUCCCACACAGGCAGUGUGGUCUUACAGAAAACCGUUUCUGUCUUAGGAAAUCCCUCAUAGGAUAUUUCCUGUCUCAUCAUAACAGCUGUCUAAAUGCACAUGUAGGCUUUCCGUAAAUCCUAAGUUUUUUCCAACAACUGGUUGAUGCAUUUUCCCACUCUCAAACGCGAGUUAAGGAGCAUCCUGCUACUGUAACAUACAGUACUGUGCCAAAACUAUUGUGGUACUGGACUUGAGGUUAUUUAUGAACAUUUCUUUAAGAAGUUUGGAAUCACCAGUUCGUGUUACUAUGAAUUUUAACUACUUAAUUUAUAAUUGGUGACUUUUAAACCACCUGUGCAGGCACUCUUGUCUGUGCUCCUUGUUAUCUGAUGCAUUGCUGGCUCCACAGUGUCUUGUAGGACAGUCGGUAUUGAUUGGAGCUGCAGCACCUCUCUUACUGACAGUACUACAGGCUUGGAGAUGCCAGGCAGAUCGCAGGACUGGCUGCUGUGGCAUGAACCAAGGAUAACCUUAGUGAUGCUAGCCCACCCAACCCUGGAUGUGCAUAACCAAAUAUGCAUCUCCACGAGGCAAUCCAGGUUACAUCUGCUAAUGGUAUAGUCUGGGCAUGUACCAAUGACAUCUGAAACAAUGUGCACUCCUAUCGGGAGUCAUCCAGCACGCAGUGCCUUAUUCCUGUCUGGGGUUUCCUACCAAUUCCAAGUAGCAGGGGAGAGUAGAAGGGCUUGGGUCUGUCUUAGGCCAAAUGGAUUGCCAUCAUUUGCACUCCACACAGUGAUAGCUAUAGAGAGGCCUGUUUCUGGAAUGAUUCCUGCUUUUUAGUGGUUACAGUGAGUGUGCUGGUGAGGCAGCUGUGUGGAGCAGCCAUUAGGAUUGCUGUUGGGCCUUUGAGCAGCUCCUUCACUUAGAUUGCAGCUGUAAAAUGCUGGUGUAUAAAUGGAAGCAAAUGUAAGUAACUUAGUAUAAAGCAUUAGCAAUGAUAACAUUGAUAACAUUGAACUUGGGGGGCACAUUGGUUAGCACUACAGCCUCACAGCACUGGGGGGUUGGGUUCAGUUCUGGACCUGGGAUGGUAUCUGUGUGGUUUGUACCCUCUCCCCGUGUUCAUGUGGGUUUUCUCAGGGUGCUCUGGUAGGUAAAUUGGUUUUUAAGAGAACUGGCCCUUGUGUG